AUGAAUUGCGAUUUUGCAUCGCUGGUGCUGGCAGCCGCGGCGCCGUACGGAAGUAACGGCCCGAUAGACGCCACUACUCUGCUUCAGGUUUUUUUUCUACCUCCAAUUGAAUUUUGUGUCUGAAAAUACAUGGAUAAGUUUAAUAAGAAUAUUGAACUGGAAAACCGCUUGUAGUAUUUCUUUAUACUAUGAAAAAAUUUUCGAAAAACAAUGGCUUGACGUAGUGCUGUUAUCCAUCUACUAUCCAUUCGUGAAUUUCUAACCCACUCAACUACUUAAAUUAUUGAUGAUUUUUAUAUUCCGAACUAUCAACAAAGCACCAUUUCAUUCAAAAACUGAAUCAUUACCAUAUUCUGCGAGAAGUGUAUUUUUAGAAUAUUUAAUCCCUCAAAAUUAUCUUUUUUUUCGGCGCACUCUUAUAAUUUUCAUUAAUCCGUUUAAUAGUUGAACACUUUUUUUUAGAUUUGUAAGGAUUAGCAUAAAAUGAGGUUUGGUGUGUUGGAAGGAAAUUAUGAGGGUAUUAUCAAUUUCGCUUGUUAAGUGCGACCUUUCGGACAAUCUUUGAUUCGAAAUUUUGUCUUAUCUUGAGAUUUGGAUUUUAGAUCGAUUUUAAAUCAUUAGAAAUGACGAGCAAAUUACCUUUAUUUUUUUUUUUAGAUAGUUUUGGCUCAACUGUAAUUUUUUCAAUGGGCUAUUUUUGGAGAACCUGUUUUUUUGCAAAUUUUUUUGUGGGGUUUUUUUCUAGAAUUCUCAAGUUUACCUUCUUCCUUGUGGUAGUAGACUUCGAAAUAAAGUUACAGCUGAAGCUCAGAAUUCUGCAGAAAUCAUUGUGAAGCUUCGUUUUUUUCGAAAUUACUUUUAAUUGAAGUUAAAAGCGAACAUUGUUCGACUAGAUAAUAAUUACUCAUUUCUUUGUUGUACUUUUUUCAUUGUGUGGGUGACGAACGCAGCUGCCCUUCUCAGUCUGGCAAAAAAAAGGGGGAGAAACUCGUUUUACUGUUCCACGAGUUUCUGCAAGUGUCUGUCAGAGUCUCCAACCCGAAAAUGACGCUUGUGACUUUCAAAAAAUUGCCGUCGUCAGUGUAAUCAGGAUGGGCCGACGAAACAGGGGUUGCACUAUGCCGAAGACGCGGAGGGCGCCAGAGAAGGACAAGAUGAUAAGGAUAUUGAUAAGAAGACGUGCAAAUCGACGCCGUCUCGUUUUGGGCCGAUCACGCCGUCGGAUGGGGCUUUUCCUUUUUGCGCGUCUGAUCUUGUCUCCAUGCGUUUGAGACAGGAGAAAGCUGUCGAGGCAAUUCAUUUGCUAUCGUCACAGUUUGCACAGAUAUAUAUUUGGCUUCGAGAAAAUCUUCAAUCAUGAGUUAUUAGAAAAGAAAACAUAUGUAUAAGGCUAGCGGCAAAAUUGCAGUAUUCUCUCGAAAAACAGUAAAAAAUAAAAUACGAAGAUUUAGAAGAAAAAAAGUUUAAAUAGGUUAUUUUCUAUUUUUCUUUCGAUUCUGAGUAGCUAUACCUUUUUCCAAAGUUUUCUUCAGCAAGUUUUGGACACACAUUUAGGAAUUGUCAUAAAAAAAGAAAUCUAGCCUACUGCAAGAUGAGGUAUAUCCCUAAUCAGUUUCAUUUUCUCUAAAAAAAGCAAUUUUUCGGAUUUUUUUCCUAGAUAAAAGACUUCUAGAUUUUUCUUUUUUAGUAGAAAGAAGUAGUCUCAUGAAAUGGAGCCUCUAGGUUUGGAAAGUUUUUCUGAUAAAUGCAAGGAAAUUAAAAUAAAUGAAGAAAAAAGGAGCAGUUUCCAUGUUUUUUUUCCUGGUUGACCAAAUUACAUUUAUCGAAGAAAAGAAGGCUUUUAAAAGAAUCAAAAUCUGCGGAAGAUUGGUUUAAUCUUAAAAUCAGUAAAACAACAAGGUUUUUCACUUGAUUUUUCUAAGUUUUCAUCAUUGCUUCAUUGUUUAGGAUCAUGUUUUAAGGGAUACUCAGUUAUCGGGGACAGAAAUAGAACGUGCCUCGUUUCUGAUAGUUUCUAGUGAUCCCUUAAGCGGCGUCAGCACUCUUGAGUGAUUUCUAGAAUUUCUCUGAAACUUGCGGGGCGCGUCCGGUUUGCGUCACCGAGUUCCGAGUAGGUGUGGAUUCUAAUUUUUUUCAUAAGUCAAAGUGGAGAAUUUAUUUUGAGUAAAAAUUGAGUGAAUGUAGUCUUUUUAAAAUUAAAAUCUGUUUUCAACCGAAAGAACAGCUUUUUACACACAAAAAAUACAUCAAAAACAUGGUUCAUUUGGACAUUUUAUAAGAAAACAACGGCGUCUUGUUUUUCAAAAAACUUUUUGUGACACUAUGCUGAUCGGCAGGUUUUUGAUUGUACACAGACACUCGGUUUUCCAAUUUUCUAAAAAAUGUUUUUCCUUACAAGAAAAAAAUUGAACCGAGUCGAUUUUCGUAAUCAAUAAAUCAAGCGGUCCUGAACGACGACAAAGUUCCCAAAGGCUGGCCUCUUUCGUUUUAAUGUGUGUGGGAAAGUUUGGCCAACUCGGAGAACGGCGUUUUUUUUUUCGGAAAAAAAGUCGCUCACAGAGGGAGAAACUCACGCUCACACUUGUUCUUUCUCUUCUUCAUUGAGCAAAGAAACUGGAAUGCUCCAAAAAAGUUGGAACUUGAAAGGAAGAAAAUGCCUAGACAUCUUGGAAAAGUUUAUUAACGAUCUCGCGCGCCCUAAUGAUAAGAUAGUUCAAAUCUCAAAGGCGGAUCAUUUUUGGAACAUGAUGAUAACAAUGAGUUUACUUAUCACCGUGAAUGAGCCAUUUUUAUGGUAUUCAAGAAAAGUUAGUUGGCUAACUUUUUUCAUCUCUUUUUUUUUCGUUGAAUUUUCAUAUUCUCAGAAGGUUUUGUUAGAAAGUGCUGUUCACAUAAAUUAUCAGGGAUUCAAAAAAAAAAAUUUACUUUUCAAAAAGUUCAAGAAACAUUUUCUAGUGUACUCCGAAUAAAAGUUUAAAUCUUUAAAAUUAUUCAAAAUACUCAAAUUGUUUUUUUUUCUUAAAUUUGCUCUCGAUAACUGAUCAAAUAAUGAAAAUUUUACUACGUGCACGUCUGUAUCGAUUAUUUGGUAAGACUAGUCUUUCAGGUCGCCUGAAUUUGACAAGAAUCACUUUUCUGACGUCGCUUUUGCUUACUCUCGAAUUUUCAGCUUAAGGAGAUAGUUAAGCAUUAUUUGGUAUUAUGGCAGGACAACUUUACCAAAGAAACGUUUGUUGGAUUUUACAGUGUCCACUUGAGGGCCUGCUCUAUAUCUUUUCUUAGUUUGCUGGACCAUUGUCUUUAUUGAUGCCGAGGUCACUUUCUAUUCGUCUUCAGUUUUGUUCUGUACGUGUCUUAUUUCCAUGAACUCAAUUUUUCCUGAUUUUCGCUAAAGAAGAAUUAGAUGCAGCCGAGGUCACGUGGUGUUCUUGGAUUCCUAGUCUUUUACUUUUUUUUUCUUGAAGAUCCAACCUUGAUCUUCGCUUUUUUCCUGUCAUGUCAUUCCAAACUUUAAAAAUCGAGGGGUAAUUUUUUCAUUUUUGUAAGGACCCAGUCUUUCCAAAUUAUUGUAAAACUCACAAUUGACCUCUACCGUGCUCUUAAGACCUCAGUGCUUCUUGAUUCAUGAAGAUGGAGUCGAUGAAUUCUUGGUCCUGUCGUCGUCUAGGAGGUCCAGUCUCUCCAAAUUUUUUUCUAGGCGUGUCUUAUGGGGUCGACCGACGCUCUCUUUUCUCUCUCUCUCUCUCUUUGGCCUUCUUUUGUGACGGCCGGGUGGCCUUCUGCGACCUCCAGGCCGUCCGUGUUGCCUCGUCUCGUUCCCACGCUCGUUUUUCCCACCCGCAGUCAAACGCGUCUUUGCGCGCUCUUCCUCGCCUCUGCGGCGAUCCCACGCAAACAAAAAAAAAUUGGAUGGCGGUAGGAGGCGAUUCUCUCAGGCACGGCCACCAACACUGCCGCCGCCGCCAACAACUACCAUUUCAUUCUCAAUUCCCACACCGAAUUUCCUUGGGAAAAUUCGAAAAAAAAAAAGCUGAAUACGAUGGGUUCUGAUGUUUCUGGACGCGACUCCGCCUCGAAUCCCCCAUCUCUUCUCUUCUUCUUCUUCGUCGUCUUCUUUUCCUUCUUCUUCUUCUUCUUCCACGUUCUCACAGCCACGCUCGCACACGCCAAAACAUUUUCUGGCUGGCGCCUCGUUUUGUUUCACAAAAGACGUGUUCAAUCGCUCCCACGGCCUGUUUUUUUCCUUUGGUUUAUUUUUGUCUCUUUGCAAGGUUUUUAAAGUUGAGAUGAGAACAAAAGUUCAUAUAAAAAGGUGGAAAUCGUCUUUUUUUAUAAUGUUAGAAUUUUUGAAAUGACCGGCUUAAUUUUACUUAUAAAUUUUGAUUCGUUAAAAACUGUUGUCAAUGGAAAGAAGAGUAUGGCGUUACGAUGUUUUUAAUUUCGUAUUCAAUAAUAAUAAUGAUAAUAAUAAUAAUAAUAAUAAUAAUAAUAAUAAUAAUAGGUUUAUUCAAUUCAUACGGUAAAAAGCGAUUUCAAAUAAAUAGUUUUUUUAAUUAAAAGCGGUUAAAAUAACCGCUUUUUAAACCUGAGGAAGCAAUUAAGUUUGAGAUUCUUACAAAUUUAGAUAAACUCCUUUUUUUCACCUGUUCCCUUUCCGACCAUCAUGACCUACUCUAAUAAGCUAAAAAAAUUUUUCGUUUCUUUGAGCCUUUUUUAUUGAACUCUUUUUCAAAGUCAGUUUUCUGUUGAAAAUUUAAUUAUUGUCUCAUCUCAUUUUAACUUGGUUCACAUAGUUCAUCGCAUAUUUUUUGAAUUAUUCUUCUUCUUCUUCUUAAAAAAACUUGAAGUUUACAUUUGUUUUCACACCUUUGUUUGAAAAUUUUUCUCAAAAUUCUCCUUUUUCCAACUUAUACAUUUUUUAAACUCAUUUUUCAAGGCUCUCAUGUUAUCUUCUUCCGUUUUGAAGCUCUCAGAUUUUUUUUGCACCUAUUGAGCCAAGCUUUAUUGGUUAUUAUAUUAUUCUGCCUUCAUUUCAAACCUCGAGAGCUUUUUUUGGAAAGAUUUUCUUUUUUUAUAGUUAAGUUAUGUUCUGGAUGAAUUUUUUUAUUUAAUUUUGUUUUUUUCUGGAGAAAAGUUCGAAGUCAAAAAUUUGUUAAAGGAGAUUUUGCACUCAAGGCUUUGAAAAUGGCCUAUUUAAAUAUGAGAAGUACAUUUUUUGCUCUUUUUUUCUUUGUGUCCAACUAUGCUCAAAAAUCGGGAGAUGACUCGAGAAAAAGUGGAAAUCUCCGAAUUUCAACACUGGAGAAUCUGUUUUUUUUUUUUGUUUCCUCAUUGAACACCUGUUCGGUUUGGCUAGGCGGCAAAGACCGUCGAGAUAAAAAGUUGGCGUCUCGACGGCUGCACUUUUUUGAGCCUCUCUUGUUUGCUUAAUUAUUUAAAUUCCUCCGUCCGUUCAAACGAACUCUGAUAGUAAAGUAGCUGGGAUCAGAACCCGUUUUUUUUACUCAAUAAACUGAACCUUUCUACAAAAAGAUUGCUGUUUUUCAUUCUUCAUUUUUGUUCUUGUUAGGAUUUUCUGAUCGCUCCUCCAAAUUUAAUUACAACUAAAAGCUUUCUUUUCUGUUUAUUCGACGAAAUUUCAUCAUUCCAUGAAAAUUCAGCUUAAAUGAGCUUUUUUGAUGAACUAAGGGUGAUUGGAAAUUUCUUUCUGUAUUUGAAUUCGUCUUUAAUUUCGAUACGAUGUUUUUCGCACUUUCUCAUAUCGAAAAUCGUCAGAAUUUUCAAAACCCCCGCAGAUAAAUCCUUCUUUUAGUUGAUUCAUAUUGUGAAAUCGAGUUCUACAACCCGCCCAAUGACCAGUUCAAUGACGUUAAUUCAUUGAGUUUUGAUGGUAAUAUAUCCUCAGACGGUAUAUUCUUCAUUUCGCGCGGUCCACUCUCCCCCUUUUUCAAUUCGAUGCUUCUGAUUUUCGUACUUAUUUUAGAUCUUCAAAAAAAAAAAACAAUGAUUAUUUGCCAUUGUUCAUCAAAGUUUUACGCCAUAAUUAGCACGGCAAAAUGAAAAAAAGCCUUCUUAUUGUAGAAAACUUCAUGAGUUGAAAGUUGCGCAAAAUAAAACCUUGCAUGAAAAGGAAUGGAACCUAAACGUUGGCCUUUUUCUCUGAGUAAUUAUAGGAUAAUCCCCGUUCUCAACGCGCUGAAACACUAAUAACUAGCCAAAACUGAUGGUUAUUUCUUUUUUUCUUAUCUCCGUCGAUCUUGAUAACUUUAAGGACACGUUCUGGUUCUUAUGCCUCCUUAUGGCUGAGUUCUUUCUUCCAUAAAUGCCUCUCAUUAAGUUUUUUUUAGUUUUCAUUCCUCUACCUGUAUUUUAUAAGUCUUUUGUUGGAUUUUCACUCUAAUUAUAGUUUUUUUAAUUUUUUUGAAUAAAAUUAACUGUUUUGAAAAACCUGAUAGUUGAGAAAAAUGUAGUAAAAAACUAUUCUCCUUUUUUGACUAUGGCCUAAUUUUCAUAACUUCACAAAUUUUUCAAUUUCACAGUCCUCUUGUAAAAGUUUUUAGAAAACUAGUUAGUACAAAUUAACAUCGAAAUUAUUGUUUACCAGAUUAGACUUGAAAUGAAUUGCAGUCAAAAACGAAUUUUUGAAAGGAGAAAUUAAGCCAUCAAAUUUUUGGUUGAAAAUUUUUUUUAAAAAGUUUCGAAUGUAUCAUAAUCAUUUCUAAAAUUUGUUUCGCAUUCAAAGUAGCAGCGAAAAACCGACUUUUUUUAGGUUCAUCUAAUGACCCCUCCAACUGAUUUCUUUGAAGUUUUUCGAAACAAUUUCGGAAGCAAGCGAAAACUUCAAACUGUCUCUUAUUUUUAUUCUCGAAAAGUUUGCAACGGAAAAAAAUAUCAAACAGUUGCAAUCAACAAGUUUCAUGCGCACAAAAAGUUCUAAUUUUGUUUAUGUUGAUGAUUAUUACUCAAUCAAAUAUUCUGAAUGUCGUAUUUUUCUUUUUACUACUCUACUGGAUUUUCGAACAGUUUUUGAACAAAAAAAGAAGAUACAUUUUCUGAAUUUUUUUCUUGAGAUUCACCAAAAGAAAAAAACUUUUUUUCUUGAUUUUGAAAUAUUCCAGAAAAAAACAUCCUCGAAACUUCCCUGAAAAAUAUUUAGUCUGUUGACAUUUUUUUCUUUAUUUCAUAUUUAGUAAUUUUUCGAGUUUUUUUAUUGAAAAGCAUAGGGAAUUUGGCUCAGGUUUAUCCCGGGUUUAGAAAGUUUAGAACUGGAAAAACAAAAAAAAAAAUUAUGAGGUGUUUUCUCGUUUAGACCUUCUGAGGAUUUUUUGUGUAAAUUUUCCGAAAACUCCAAACUUCCCUCAAAAAGUACCUCCCUCGUCCGUUUUGAUCUUGUUUCCGAGGACUUUACGGAGAUUUCAGUCGCUGAACACGCUGACGGGGCUACCGUAUCCGGCGACGACUCCGGGAAGCGCGCCGUCGACGUCUUCGACUGUGUUGCCGGUCAACAUGUGGCAGUCGAACCAUCCCCUCAACAUCGCCAACUCUCAGGUCGCCAUCCAACAGGUAUCAUCGUUCGGAGUAGCGUCGGAUGAAGCCGAUUUCCUCCCCAAAUCCUGAGGAACAGGAAUCUUCUGCGUUGACGGACUGUUUUAGAGCAGAUAAUCUCGGAUGUUUCUGAGAGUUUGUAGUGCACAACUCUCAAAUAUCCAUUUUUUCAGUGACUCAUGAAGAAUAAUCCGAGAGACAGGCGUCCAUUUUGAGAUGAAUACAAUUCAACAUACAGAAACGAGUUAGAGCUACUCCAAAAAUUGUAGUUGCAACAAACAAAUAGUGCUUGAAAAUCAAGUAAAUUAUUUUCCUAGUUUAAAGUCUUAGUUUUGUCUUUUUCGCCCCUGAAAAAAAUAUUACAAAAAAAUCGUGUUUUUUUCGCAGUGCCGUCUGUAAAGCUUCAAUUUUAAUUAUAUUAUAUUUAGCACCUUGAAAAAUUCAAAAAUAAUCGGUAUUAAAAAUCAGCGCCUGGAGUAAUAUCAUAAGUUUCAAAAAAAGGUCUUUUUUUAAAUCAGCCAUUUAAAAUUCUUUUCUACAGUCAUUCAAUUAAUCAUUCAUAAUCACUUAUUAAAGAAACCGAUUCGAAAUUCUGAAUAUUUACAUAAUUAGUGCUUUUUGGUCGAUUUUUCCAUGAUCAAAUAAACUCUUAAAUGUUUAAUACUUUUUUUCGAAUAAUUUUUUUACGUUCAAGACACCGGCUCAGUGCGUUUGGUUCUGCAUUUUCCGCUUUCAAAGCACCUUAAAAUCAACAUUUUGUGUUAAAUGAUAUAUAUAAUCAAUGUUAAAAAAAUUUUCACUAGUACCCUAAAGGAUCAAAAAGAAUAUUUUAAUUUUUCAAAGUCGAAGUUUGAAAAUAAAUUUUGUCUCGCAUUGUGGUCCUCUCAUGAGUUUCAUUAAAAAAUAAAGAAACCAAAGUUUUUCGAAAAUAUAUAGAUACUUCGACUGUUUCUUUUCUAAAACAUCAAGAUGAAUAUCUCAUUCCAUAUAUGUUUCCCCCCUGAUUAUCCAGAGCCUUUUUCCAGAAUUUGUUAAACUUUGAGUGUUUAAUCUGUACUAGGACGACCUCAUGAGACGAGAAACUAAUUGAAUUCAAAUUUUUUAAUUGUCUCGUUUCGAGAACUUCUUCAUUAUCAAGACUGGAUAACUUGCAUGGAUAGAAUGAUUCCGCGUAUCUUCACAUUCAUAGUAUUUACCUGAUGAAAAAAGCUUUUAGAAUCAUUUUUUGUGAAGUUUUCACUUUCAAAUUAUGAAAAAAUGUGGAUAAAACAGGAAAUAUUUUAAUCUUUCCUCCCUUUCUUCCGUAGUUACUCCGAAUUAUUUAUUUCAGUUCCCAAGUACUUUCAUCUGGAUAGGGAUGUAGAUCUUUCUGUGUAUGCAUUAAACGCCUACAAAGCGGAUUCAAUAAAUUCGAAGACGUCAAGCCAAAAAUUGAAAUUAGAAGUGUUUCUGGAGAAACCGGAGGUCUUAGCGAAUUUUUUUUGCAGAUAAGAAAACAAAAUGAGAAUUUUUUGCGUCUGUAUACUGUUUCGUAGCGGAUAAUCCCGAAAAUCCAAGAGUUUCUGAGAUUUUUCAGUGCACGCUUUCAGAAUCCCCACUUCUUCUUAUUAAUUCACGGAAUUGUGGACUUAUCGAUAGUAAUUUAGAUGAGAGCUCCUAUUUUUAAACCAUCUCAACAUACCGGAAUUCCCAGAUUUCUAUGCCUCAAAUAAAAGAAGAGGUUCGAUAGUAUGAAAAACCCGUAUUUCUGGGCAGCAUGAAAUUCAAAAAUGAAACUUUUCGAUGUUAAAUUCCAAAUAGAUUCCGAAGAUUUUUAUUUGAAGCUUUGAAUUUUAUUCCUUGUCUGAGAUGGAAAAUGGAAAUUUUUUACCGCUAGAAGGAAAAUAAGAAAAAAUAUAGAAUCAAAACCUUGUAUUUUCUCCCACAAUGGUUUGCUGACCAUGUAAAUACUGUCAUUUAACGUCUAAAAAUCAGCAGAGAUAGAAAAAAAGUGCAAAAAAAGGUUUCGGAACAACAAGGUUGAAAAUUUUUAUUGCAUAAAAUAUUUUUUUGAGAGGGUUUUUCAAAAAAAUGAAUGAACAGCUUGAUCAUGAAUUAUCUUGAAUGCCCUAGAACUUUUGAAUUUUGUAGUAGGAGCCUUCAGAAAAAAACACUUCUCAAACUUCUGAAUUUUCGGAUUUUUUUCAGCUCCAGGCGCUCCUCAACUUCCAACAACUCCACAACCAAGGCCUUCUCAACUCCGUUGCCGUUAGUUUUCUCUGUUUUUGGUUGAUGGGAAGAUAAUCGGAGGCCAAAUUCGUUCCUGGGAACCGAAAUGGUUUCGAAUUGGAAUUCUCAUGAAUCUUUAUCGUUUCCUUUUUUUCUCGCGACGCCGUCGAUCGUUUUUUAAUCGUUUCGUUGCCAAUUCGCCUUUCCUUUUCUGUAUGUUUUUCCCUGAGGCAAGCUUUCAUCAUAAUUUCUUCUUGAUAAGAAUAGUUUAAAGUUUAAAAAAAGGAUUUUUCUAGCAAAUAAACCAGUAGAAAUCUUUCAAAAAAAUUGACUUCUUCAAGAAAAAAAGUUUUUUUUCAGGCGGCUGAUCCAACAAACCUGUUGAGCGGCGAGAGAAAAACCUGUCUUGGUGAGUUUCAAAAAAACAAAUGGAUAAAGUGGAAAAAAAAAUUGAGAAAAAGUUUGAAAAAAAUAGGGACAAAACGUCGCUUGAAAAAUCAAAAAAUAUUUAAAAAAAUUAUUUUUUUCGAAUGCAUCGGUCUUCAUUUAAUCCAAUAAAUAUGAUUAGAAAAAAAUUAAAAAAAUAAAAAGGUUUCACUCAAAAUUUACCAAAAUGUUCAAGCUUAGUUUGUUUCGAAUCAAACUUGAAAAGAAGGGGUAUUAAAUCGAAAUCAAAUGUUUCAUUUCUCACACACAAACACUGAAAUUUCCGAAAUAAAUGUAGGGAAAAUGUAGGAAAAUACGUUUUCCUGUAUCAAUUAGUUUUCGCGUAACCAUCAAACCAGGAAAAUAAGAUAUCUCAUUUUUUUAAUCCGAUGCCAAUCAGAAUCUAAAAAAAAAUAGUAUUUAGUCAAAUUUUUAACUUUGGAAAAAGUGGAUGAUAAUGAAAAUAUUUUUUCAAUCCUCGAUUUUUAGCAAGCUCCUUCGCCCAUCCUUCCAUCCUCUUCUUCUUCAUCGCCGACAUCUCCUAA